AUGGAUGAAACACCGGAGCUCACCAGCAUUUUCCCGGACGAUCGAUCGUUUUCCGGGGAUUCGUCUCCCAAAGGGCGGAGCCUACCGCAGACUCCGGCGUAUCAGGAUAAUCCGGGGGCAGGGCAUCGAGUCGCCGGCGGCCGGUCCCUUUGUGGCCCUUGCCACCGAAAGCUCGUCCUAAGCACCCGCAGUCCUCAACACGUGUACAUCCGUUACGACACGUGUCCGGAACAAUCCGCUAACGGGUCACACACGUGUAUGUGUGACAUGUACGUUACCUGUGGUUUGUUUAUGGGCCAGGAAAUGCAGCCCGAUCAAGGUCUGAAACUACUUUACGCGGAACUUGAAUAA